AUGACGAACCGUUCGGAGAGCUUUUCGACCAUUAAGGACGACGACCAAAAGUGCAGGCUGUACAUGGGCAACCUGCCGAAGGUGAAGACGGUAAAAGAGAUAUUUGAUGAAAUAAGCCGCAUAACGCGUGGUCAUCUGGUGCGUGUAAUCACGUACAAGAACUUCGACGACCCGUCAAUGCACCGGGGCUUCUGCUUCCUGGACUACGGGUCGGUGGCCGCGGCUACGAAUGCCAAGCAGGCACUGUCAAAACAAAAGGUCUUCGGGUGCAAGACUAAGGUGGACUGGGCGGACCCGGAACCGCAGAUUGAUGCAGACACGAUGGCUAAGGUGCGCAUACUGUUCGUCAAGCAGUACGGCGGCGUGCUGGACGAACGCGUGCUGGCCAAAAUGUUUGGCCAGUAUGGGGUCGUGGAGCGCGUAAAGAACUUAAAGAACUACGCGUUCGUGCACUUUGAGCGGCGUGAGGAUGCACAGUCAGCCAUGGACGCGCUGAACUGUUACAGGGACGUGGCUUCGGGCGUGUGCCUCGACGUCGCGUGGGCCAAGCCGCCGGCGGACAAGAAAACGCGGCAACGGAUGUUGCGUAACCGGGAACGUCGGGUACGAAAAUCUGCGGUCACGGCUAUGAGUCAACCGGUUCGCUACGCCCCGCGGCCACCGGGAUGCGUUCCCGGAGCCAAAAGACGCGUCGGCCCCAUCCCCGCCACCACAACCUACACCAAGUACGACCAUCUUAAUUACGACUUCGGACUGCGGCAACUGUGGCAACCGUGCAACCCGUGCAACCCCAUUUCCACGUUGAGCAUUCCAGUGGCCGAGGCUACGUCUGACAAGCGCGACAGCGACAGUGCACGCCGGAGCGGCACGAACGAGUGCAAAGUGGUCCGUCACGACGACGGAAGAAGGAUUGCACGAAAACGUCGAACAAGAAACUGUUGA